GUGCGUCGCACCGCGCACACACCACCACUCUACGCACGCGAAGAACCAACGCCGCCGCCGCCGCCGCCGUCGAAGCAAGCUUCUGAAAGAGCGUUCUGCACGUGUGAAAGUCGCGCGGAUCCAGUCGACUAGUCACCCUCGUCGCCCGCGCCCGGAAGAAAAUCCACUCCAGAGCGCAACUUGUUGCUAUUGCUAAGUUGGGCAAAGUAAAACAAAAGCGGUGGUGAAACUACGAGUUAUUCACGUGAAAAGAAGAACUUCAUUUACUAGGAAUAAUGCGCUAUGCAGUAACGUCCAGCACGAAAACUCUCAUCGGAGUAGUCGUAAUCUUCUGUUGUCUGCGCGCAGGACUCGCGUUAGCCUCCGAAGAUGCGACAAAACAAGAAUCCGAAGCAAACGACCAGUUGGAGAUGUCUAAACGUGGUUGGGCAAAAGGCAAUCCCAGCAUGAUGCACAGCUGGGGAAAACGCGCCUGGCAGAAUCUGCAGGGCGGAUGGGGCAAGCGCGACCUCUGGGGGCCGAGCAACAGCUACCCACUAUACAUGAGCAGCGACAAGCGCGCCUGGCAGAAUCUACAGGGAGGAUGGGGUAAGAGGUUUGCUACCGAUGAAGAAUACGCCGCGAAAUUGGCCGCUUUGCUCUCCGAUGAAGAACUGCAGCAACGUUUGGCGGAUUACAACGAUGCCGUCAGCUACAAUGGACUUUCCGAUGGCGAGAUGGCGGAUUACGGAAGCAACGAUGACGAGAAGCGUGCUUGGCGAUCACUGAAUAAUGCUGGAUGGGGCAAACGCGCUGCACAAUGGGGCAGCUUCAGAGGAUCGUGGGGCAAGCGUGAUCCGGCCUGGACCAACCUGAAGGGCAUCUGGGGCAAGCGGAGUGUGGCGGACAAGGCACAAUAGACGCCUGCCACCCGCAACGCAGCACGUCGCCACCCACACACCCCCAAAAACUAAUGCCCAACGAAAAGCAAAAACCGCCGCAUGAAUGGGAAGCCAAUAGGUAGAUUAGAAUAAAUUGCAUCCAAAAAGAAUAUUUUUAUUUUGUCUAUUCAUGUACUAAACAAAAGAAAAGAAAAAAUUGCAAAAAUUGAAAAAAAAACUUUCGGUCAUUAGCAGUCAAAUAUUUUCUUAAUUGAUUAAAACAAUUUACUCAUGCUAUUUUUCAAUCAUAUAUUUGUGAAAAGUCUUUAUAGUAUGUACCUACCAGAAAAACUUUGCGCAAUUAUCAUUGUAUCAUAACUUGAUGAAUCAAUCUAAAGUUUAAGCCUAAUCAAUGUUAACGUAGUUCAAUCAAAAUUAAACUUUCAUCAUCAUUUACUCUGUUUAAUAAUAAUUUAUGUUAUAAGUUUGUAAUAAGUUUACGAUACUAAUGUUUAAUUAUUAAUUUUUUAAAUUUUAAUUUUAUCAAUGAAAAAUGGAGACUAAUAUAAAUUUAGGAAGACGACAUUGACUAAAUGUAUAAAACUGUGCAGAGAAUCGAAGGCAUCACAACUAAUAGCAUAACAUUAAUUGUAUUUUGAAAGUUUACCUGGAAGAUAACAGUAUUCAACAACAAGUAUAAUCUGUCUAUACAUAUAUAAAUAAAUCUAACUAUAUAUUAUGUAAAUGUAUAAGUAUGAGAAAAGCAUCUAUUACACAUCAGAUAAUUGUAAUUAUAAUUUUUCUGGAAAUAUAUACUUACAUAAAGGGC